AAAAUAUACUCAAUGUCAACGGACGGUGAAGGAUCGAAAGAAAAUAAUUCACAGAUACAACAGCAGACAACAACUCAACAUACUUCACCAGCACAACAACAGCAAUCGAUAAUUCAUCAAGAACUUAAUUUUUCAAUUAAUGAUAUAUUUAAUAAUAAUCAUGAUGUUAAUGAUUCUUCUUUUCAAUCCAUCGUCCAAACAUUAAGUAAUAAUAAUAAUGAGGAACACAUCACCCCUUCUUAUGCUCAUUUACCUGCUGAAUUACAAGACCUUUUUAAUACAAAUGAGACCGAUGAUUUAUUAUCUGUUCAAGGUAACCAUACAGACGCGUCUUUACUUCAAGGAGACAUAGCAACCAUUUGGAAUAAUAGGUCAAAUCUAUCUACGUCUCAACCAUUUAUACAACCCAAUAGUAAUCCAAUAGCUUCAUCAUCUUCGCUUAUUUCUUCUUCAGUUACUAAUUCACCCAUUACUACACCUUCUAUUCAAGCAACACCAGUGUUACAGCCUUCGUCCCAUCCAGUUACGCCAGCAAUACAAGUUCAGACCCCAUCGCUUCAACCCACUCCAAUAAUGCAGCCACCACCACAACAGCAGACAAAUUCUCCAACUACUUUAUUAGAUAAUAUUGUUGCUCAAUUACCACUUGAUAGAAAAGAAAAAUUUAUUCAAAUAUUUAGACAAUUACAAACUAGUUCAAUUACUGCAGCACAGUUUUUAACACAAGCUAAAUCCUUAUUAGGUCAACAACAAUAUCAGCAAUUAGAAGAUUUAAAAAAUAAACCUGCACCUAUAGUACAGAAGCCUGCAACUGAUGACGAACAUAGAAAAAGACCUAUAGGGAAUUUACAAAAUAAUACCGAAGGAACUCAACAAUCCAUACCAGGAGUCAUUACGCCACAAUUAAAAAAAAUAAAGACUGAGCAUAUACCACCAGUGAGUUCUUCUCAAACACCCUAUAUACAAACUGCACAACAACCUCCAGUAUUAUCUCAGCCUAUAUCACAACAAUCACAGCCACCACUACCACUCACACAAAUACCUACCACUUCUCCCGUUGUACAACCUUCUACACAACCUGUAUUUAAAGCACCUGCUACACCUAGUAUUGCUGGUUUGCAAGUGCCUUCAAAGGCAAACGUGCCACCUUCAUCUAGUAAACCUUCAAUAUUAAAUGGGCCUACAACAGCUACAGCUACAGCUACAGCAGCAGCAGCAGCAACAACAGCGGCAACAACAACAGCGGCAACAACAACGACACCAGCAGCAACAAUGACACCAGCUAAUACUGGAGGAGAUAGAAUUGAUUAUGAUACAUUAACAGAUGUAAUGGGAUAUGCAGGGGUUGAUUUAAAAGAAGAAGCCGAGCAUUUUAUAAAAGAUGGAGAUUCUAGUGGUAUAUUACCAGAUGGUAUUGAUCGAUCCAAGGCUCAAGAUUUUAUGAAUACAGACAUGUUGCGCGAAAAGAUAUUAAAAUAUGCUAAAAGUGUGAAUAUAAAAGAAAUUGAUAAUGAUUUUGUCUCAUAUAUAGCACUUGCUACUCAAGAUAGACUACGUAGAAUAUUGGAGGCUAUGGUAGCUGUAUCCAAACAUCGUACAUUUGAUCCAUUUGGACCACCGCCUUUAUCAGAAGAUGGACAUCCAUUAUUUAAAAUUCAAGUAAAACAAAAUGUCCAAUUACAACUAGAGACUAUCUGUAAAGUAUCAAAAAAACAAGAUAAGAUCAUGGACCAAGACAAAAAAGAGGAAGAAGAAGAAGAGGAGGAGGUUGUUUUUAAUAAGGGCUGGUACUCUAAUAAGUCAAAGACGCCUCUUAAAAGCAUAGACAAGGAAAGGAAAGUGACCAUACAAGAUGCUAUCUUUGUUAUGGAAAGAGAUGUUCAAGGUGGUAGAGGGACCAACCAGCGUACAUUACUCAAAUCUUACAAUGGAUGGUUAUAUUAAUAAAAAAAAAGGGGGAAAAAGAGAAAAACAAAAAAAAACAAAAAAAUUUUUUUUCUUUUUUCCUUUUCUUUUUAUAUAUUUAUUUUUUAUCAUUUUCAUUUUAUUAUUCAUAUAAAUAAUUUU